AUUUAGUUGAGACACAACAGUGGAGCAUGGAAGGUUCAACGUCAAAGAAAAAUAAACUCUUUUCUGGAGAGGUUGAAGGAAGAGUCAACUGGAAAAAACGGAAAGCAGAAAAGAAAGAACAGAAGAGGAGAUGGAAGGAAGCCAAGCUGAUUCAGCAGCUGGAGAAACAAAAGCAGACAAAAGAGGAAGAGGUGAAACAGCAGCAAUCUCAGAAGGAGGAAGAGGAGAAGAAGGAGACAAAAGGUCGUUUAUACACAGUGAGUGUUGCUCUGCCAGGCUCUGUGUUGGAUAACGCACAGUCACCUGAACUCCGCACUUACCUGGCUGGACAGAUUGCUCGUGCCUGCGCCGUCUUCUGUGUGGACGAAGUGGUUGUGUUUGACGAGCAGGGAGAGGACACCAAGGUAACUGUCGAAGGAGAGUUUAAAGGAGUCGGGAAGAAAGGUCAAGCAUGCGUUCAGCUGGCCAGGAUCCUGCAGUACCUAGAGUGUCCACAAUAUUUACGGAAGGCGUUCUUCCCCAAGCACCAUGAUCUGCAGUUUGCUGGUUUGUUGAACCCUCUGGACAGCCCACAUCACAUGCGUAUUGAUGAUGAGGCAAAAUUCAGAGAGGGUGUGGUUCUGGAUCGACCACAUAAACCAGGAAAAGGGUCUUUCGUCAACUGCGGGAUGAGAAAGGAAGUUCAGAUCGAUAAGCAGCUUCAGCCUGGUCUGAGGGUGACUGUACAACUUAAUACAAAUCAAAAUGCAGAGAGCAAGAUGUAUAAAGGAGUGGUCGUGGCUCCUCAUGUUCCCAGGACAGAAGGUGGGCUGUACUGGGGCUACAGCGUACGUCUUGCUUCAUGCAUCAGUGCUGUAAUGACGGAGUGUCCAUUUAAAGAUGGAUAUGAUCUGACCAUUGGCACAUCGGAAAAGGGCAGCAAUGCUGAUGAUGCCAAUCUUCCUCCAUUCAGGCAUCUGUUAGUGGUGUUUGGUGGGCUUCAGGGUCUCGAAGCGAGCGUUGAUGCUGACCCAAACCUGGACGUAAGUGACCCCAGUGUGCUCUUUGACCUCUACCUGAACACCUGUCCUGGUCAGGGUAGUCGCACUAUCCGCACUGAGGAGGCCAUAUUGAUCUCCCUGUCAUCAUUACGACAAAAAAUUGCCACUAAACGGUAAUGGCAGGAAGCAACACCACACACUGAUGAGAAGACGAGUGCAGACCAAAAAAGCAGAACCUGUACGGGAGAGAAUAUUUUGUCUAUGGAUGUGUUUUAGACGCAGUCAUUGGACUUGUGGAAUAUACUGGACUGCACGUUUUAUUCUGUAAUAUUGUUAAUAUCGUUUUGUCAUUCCACACACAGCUAUUGCUAAAUACAAUUUAAUAACACAAAAAAAGACACUGAGGCUUGU